AUGGAGCAUUCAAACAGUCGGGAGUCGAGCGAGCCACUCGUCGAUCCUGCUCACCCUUUCAAGGGCGUCGUCGUAUGCUGCACGAGUAUUCCCCCAGAUCAGCGAACAGAGAUAGCCAAAAAGACUGAAGAACUCGGCGGCGUUCACAAGUACGACCUCACACCCGACGUGACCCAUCUUAUUGUUGGAGACUAUGACACCCCAAAGUACCGCCAUGUCGCUAAAGAACGGACCGAUAUCAAGGCAAUGGAUGCCACUUGGAUUGAUGCGCUGGGACAGCUAUGGAUGGCAGAUGCCGAUAUCGACUUUCCGGCUCUUGAACGAGAGCACCAGCUGAAGCCGCUCGAGACCUGUGGCGAGGUCCCCGAUGCAACCAACCCAGCACAAACGAAAAGAGGAAGCUUGCUGCUAUGCAUGACCGGGUUCGACGAUCCCGAUCAGCGCAACUUGAUCAUUAGCCGAAUACAGGCCAACGGUGGCACUUACACGGGCGACCUGACGAAACGAGUAUCACAUUUGAUUGUUCACAAGCCGGAGGGAAAGAAGUACAAAGCCGCCCGUAACUGGGGUAUCCGCACUGUAUCUCUGGCGUGGCUUGACCAAACAAUCGAGCGCGGCAUGGUCCUUGACGAGCAGUGCUUCGAUCCAGUUCUUCCCCCCGAAGAACAGGGCCAGGGUGCAUGGAACAGAGCCAGCUCGAGGCGAGUGUCCCUUGGCAAGCGGUCGAGGUCCGGCGCCGGCGAGGGUGGCCAAAGGAAGUUGAGGAAGACUGCAAGCAUGAAACUCAGCAGUCAGCGAGAUACACUAUGGGGAGAUAUCCUGGGCAGCAAGCCAACUGCAGAAUCCUCUGUGCCUGAUAGGAGCGAGAGAAUCGAGGUGCGAGAUUCUGGGAUCCACGAUGCAAUGGUCCAGCCUGCCCCCGAAGCAGGCAUAUUUUCAGGCUGCUACUUCUUCAUGGCUGGGUUCGAAUCAUGGAAGUCCAAGAUUUUGGCCGAGACGAUAGGUUCACUGGGAGGAAGGACAUUCGACACUUUUGGGGAGGUGGUCACAGAGGCGGCUGUAGCAAGGUCGGCUCACAGGUUCCUAAUCGUUCCUCAGGAAUCACAACCCUCAACUCAUUUCCAGGUGCCCCCGGCCCACCUUGAUCAGAUCCAGAUCGUGACCGAGUUCUUCGUUGAGCGGUGCCUACACAACAAGGCCCUCUGCGACCCGAACAGUCACGUUCUGGGCCGUCCGUUCCCCAUGUUCCCUAUAAGAGGCUUUGAGAACCUGUACAUAUGCACAGCGGGCUUCACCGGCGUCGAUCUUCUUCACGUAGAGAAGGCCAUCAGGCAAAUUGGUGCCAAGUAUGCGGCCAGGCUCAACGAGGUCACCUCAGUCUUGGUGUGCAAGUCUCUCGCGGGGACACGCAAAGAAAAACUCAAGUUUGCUUAUGACAACGACAUCCCCAUCGUCAGCUCAGAUUGGCUCUGGGAUAGUAUAACAACUGGCUACAACGCACCUGUAAAGGCCUUCAUGUUUCCCGAACUGCAGCAAGACCAUCGUCUCGAGCCAAAGCCAAGAGCAAGAGGGCAGCAUAAGGAGGAAACAAAACAAGCAAUCCAGCGAACGCGCUCCGAGCCUAUUCCUCACAUGCCGAAGAAGCCGGCAUCCAGGCAUCCCUCGGUUACAGCAAUUGAUCCGACGGCUUUCCAAGACGGCAACCGGCCAAAGUCAACAGCUGUCAAGUACACAAACACGAAGGAAGACUCGGCAGCUUCUUUUCAAUUCCAGACGGCCAAAACUCAUCAGAUGGACAGUUUUGGUGGCGGCACAGUCGCUGCGCAACCUUCCGAAAAGGCCUCCGAUGCGCUGAACAAGUCGCAUAUUACAGAGCUAACAGCGAAGCCCCUGUUAGCCAGGACAACGAGCGUGGCUGACAGCAUGGACGCGACUCCUAUUUCGGGGGUAGAAGCACGAUAUGCUACUGAAGAAGAAUCUCAGGCUGCCGAAGUCGCCGAUGAAGUAUCAACGAGAACCGAACCCGAUGCUCCAACAGCGCUUGAAAGUGGAGCCCAUGAGGAGAAUGAAGAACUUGGUCGCCCUGCAGAGGAGACAAAGGAGCAUCCGCAGGAGUCGAGGGACGACAAUGAAACUCAGCAGGGAGAAAGCCUUGGGUGGCAAGAGACAUCUACAGAAGACCGCCCUCAAAGCAGGAAAGCCAAUCAAGAGAUGGCAGCAGAGGACGAUCAAGACGCUCGACUCAAAGCUCAACGGGAGGCACAAAAGAAGGCAGAGAGGGAAGACCUAUCCUCGAGACUCACCAAUCUCAUCGAGUCAAAGGGGUCGGGGACAGGUGCGGAGACUUUACAUGACGAUGAGCAACAACAACAGCAGCACCAGCAGCAACAGCAGCAACGUCGUCCCAGGAAACGUAUCUUUGGUAGGGCGAUCAGCAACGCCUCAGCAGCAUCUAGUGGCAGCGCCGAGUCGCGCAUGGAUGCCCUGGGCAGACCAGCGGAGGACCAGGAGCAGCAGGAACAAGAACCAGCGUCGACGCAGAUCCAAUACCAGGACCCCGGGGCCCAGCAGCACCGCGCCAAGAUCAUGAGCAGGAUGCUCGGCGAGGAUGUCAAGGCGCCCGCCAUGAGCCAGGGACCCAAGACCAAAAUCGGCGGCUUCGAGUUUGACGGCGAGGCGAGCAGGUUACCUCGUCGACAGACGCGAAGGAAUUUCUAA